GGAAAAAAAAAAGCCUUGGGCACAGUCCCAGCUCCUGUUCUUGCACAUCCUUAGGGAAGGGGGUCCUUGCUGCUGUCCUUUCCUUCUCAAUGCAGUGAACAUCAGAAGGCCACAGGAGAAGGCGCUGCCAGGCAGCCAGGAGCCCGAUGCCACAAGAGGUAGGGGGAUGCAGCAGCCGAGGGCGAGCUGGUCUCCUGUCCAUGUUUCCCACACCUUCCCCAACAGCCAUGAAGGACGACACAGAGGUCAUCUUGUACCCCGAGGCACUGGAUCAGAGCAAGGAAAACGCCAACCCUGUGGCUCCAUCUUUGCCUCGGUUCUUGUUAACUGAAUUCUCCAACCCUGUGUUUGAGGAGGACAACAAAGGGCCAGACCAGAGUCAAGCAGACGUCGAGAACGGAAGCCACACAAAACUCUCCGCCAACGGCUUUGCCCAACAGGUCUGGGACGUCGCUAGCAGGAAGUUCAAGCCGGACUGCAAGUUCUCCUGGCUCUGCGUGGCUGUCCUCAGCACAGUCCUUCUGCUCCUCCUGGCCUUACUGGUCGUCAUCAUCGUCACCUCCCAGCUGAAAUCCCCUGAGCCACUCAAACCCUUACCCGGUGCUUCUGAUGCUCACACCAUCACCAUUACCUCAGCUCCCAUCACCAGGACCUUGCCAAUCCCUGAGUCCACAAGCACACCUACCAAGGAAGAAUCGCACGGAACCAGAACUCCAGCACCACCAUGUGGGGGGAUCCUACAUGGCCCCAAGGGCACCUUCAGCUCCCCCAAUUACCCAGCCCCCUACCCUCCCAAUAUCCUGUGUGAAUGGCACAUCCAGGUGACGGCAGGGAUGGCGAUCCAGCUGAAGGUGGAGGUGUUGGAUCUUGAGCAUUCUGCCUCGUGCCUCUAUGACAGGCUGGAGAUAUUUCAGGAGCAGAAUGCUUCCUCAUUGUGGGAUGGGAGUGCCAGGUACUGUGGCUCUGUGGCACCUGCAACAAUCAACACCAACUCCAGCCGGCUUCAGGUUGUCUUUGUUUCAGAUGAUGACACUGCUUCCUCAGGCUUCACUGCCUGGUAUCGGGCCAUUCCACCCAGUGAAAAGAACUGUUCCUGGGAUGAAUUUCUCUGCGACCAGGGGCUGUGCCUUCUUUCUGUCUUUGUAUGUGAUGGUUCUUAUGACUGCCAUGACAAGAGAGAUGAAGCCAACUGUAGCACAAAGCACAAAGGAUGUGAGGGAACCCUGACCGACUUGGACGGAGAACUUUUCUCCCCAAAUUACCCUCGGCCAUAUGCACAUUUGCAGCUCUGUCUCUGGCAUAUCUCCGUGCCUGUGGGCCACGUGAUUGACUUGCAGUUCCACAACUUCAGCCUCGAGUCGCAGGAGGACUGCAACUAUGACUUCGUGGAGGUGUACGAUAGCGCAGGAAUGGGGACAACCAGCAUCAUGGGCAGGUUCUGCAGCUCCAACAUGCCCCCUGUCCUGACCUCCUCACAACAUGUCAUGACGGUCCUGUUCGUGGCAGAUGAGGGCAUAGCUGAUGACGGGUUCUUCGCCACUUACCAUGCCCGCAACGCCACAGAAAAAACAUGCAGCCCAUUGGAGUUCUCCUGCAGAAACGGUGAAUGCCAAGCUCAGGAGCUGGUCUGCGAUGGCUGGCACAACUGCCUAGAUGGAAGCGACGAAUUCAACUGCACAAGCAUCUCCUAUUUACCUAUCGAGCCAUCCUGUGAGCCAGUUGAGGUGGAGAUGUGUUUGGGUCUCAGUUACAACGCCACCUCCUUCCCCAACAUCUGGCUGACCAUCACAGACCAGCAAGAGGCUGAAGAGCAUCUCCUGGACUAUAUGAUGCUGAAGGACUUCUCUUGCUAUCCAUCUCUGCGCUUGCUAAUGUGCAGCCUCUUUGUACCAAAAUGCACGCCGGACGGGGGCAUCCUGCAGCCUUGUCGCUCUGUGUGCCUGGCAGCUGAACAGAGCUGCCAGCAGUCCCUCACCCUUUUGGGUCUCCCAUGGCCCCUGAACUGUAAUGUUCUGCCUGAGUCCACCAACCCUUUGGAGUGCGUCCUGCCAUAAAGGGGCUGCCCUUGCUUAGUCAGGAGGACCCUCCACUUGAGGUGCCAUGUCAGCAGAACACCCCUCUCAUCGUCACCCGCCUUGGUGGGAGAACCUUUGGAGGCAGCCAGUUCCCAAGUGGAAGUUCCUUCCGGAAGGGCCUUGAAAUCGAGUCCAGCCUCAGCACUCUCUCGGCAUCACUCACAAAUGUCUCUCUAAGGAAUCAGUGGAGUGGAGUCUCAACAUCAGAAGCCCAAGUGGCACUAUUGGGUCAAAUUUUAGAUUAUAAGCACCUCAAGGCUGAGACCUGUCCCCAUCCUCAUAUCCUUUGUAAAGCUCUAUGCAACUUGACGACACAGUAUAAAUAAAGUGAAUGAUAAUAUAACGGAGGCUGCAGGGCCUUCCAUCAGAAUUAGAGCUGCACUAUUUAGUUUGGCUGAUUUAGAAGUCUUUAUGAUCGAUUUUAAAAGGCAGAUUUUUACAAAAUUAAUGAUUAAUGUUAAUGAUUUUUAACAUACGUAUGUACGAAUCCACAGCUUGUGAGCCCCUUCUUAGAGGAGGAAUUCUUCUCUUGCAUGGGAGCAAAAGCCUCUUGUGAAAUGGAUGCCUGCAGCUGCACAUGUAGUUAUGCGUCAGUGGCAUAUGCGUGUAUCAUCUGAAAACAAAGAAUGAGAGUUUUGUCCAUGGGAAUUAUGCUGUUUGUAUGCAGAUUCAUUCAGACUUAGGUGAUUCAUGCAUUGAAUAAAAAUCUG